AUGAAGAAUGCAAAAGUUGAAGUGAUGUACCAGUAUGUAUGUGGUGUUAAUGAAGAAUAUAAAACAUGUGGUUCAGCUUGUGCUUCUACUUGUGGCUAUUUACAUUAUCCAUUACCAAAACCACUUAAAUUUUGCAUUUUAUUAUGUCGUUCAGGAUGUUUCUGCAAGCAAGGAUAUUAUCGAGCAGAUAAUGGUCAAUGUGUUGCACCUGAUCAAUGCUGUCGUAAAAACGAAAAAUAUCAAACUUGUGGUUCAGCUUGUGUUGAAACGUGUAAACAAAGACCUCAAAUUUGUACACUACAAUAUGUUACUGGAUGUUGCUGUGCUUGCUCAGAUUAUGUUCGACAGGAUAAUAAUACUGGUAGUCCUUGCAUUCAUCGUGAUAAAUGUCCAACACCAUGCCCAGAAGAUAAUUGA